AGCGGUUUUUCAAGUUUCAAGUCUUUUAAUGCGCGUAUUGGUACGAAGUUUGCAGGAAUCGAAGGCAAAGAUUAACAGUAGUAAUUAGCAAUCAGUGUGUUGCAGGUUUUCGAUGUUUCCGAAGUUUCACCGUGUUUCCAUAAAUCAAUGCUAAUCCUUGAUGGGAUUUGUUUGUGUAACAAUGAGUGUACAAUGCCAUGUUUGGCUUCUGAUGACUUCACAUCUCGCCAAUAAACCUGAGCGAACUCAUUAUUCGGUUCGCCAGUAGUGGUGCCUCACAUGCAUUAGUUAAAUGGUUUGUUGGCUUUGCUCGAGAACUCGCCAAGAAAUUGUGAGCAACCGACCGCGUCUGUGGUCGUCACAAACCAACAUCCGCAUCAAGGCGCCCCAACAUGUGCCGCCCCUCUACACGAUGAACAGCGCCGAAGAGAUCGCCACCUACCAGUCGCCCCAGGAGUUCUACGGGUCGCCCACCUUCCUCAAAAGGGCGACACUGGGGCACAGCGUGCCGGAGAAGGCGAAGAAAGAGAAGAAGUGGUCAAUCGGCAGCCUGUUCCGCCGCAAGAAAAAAGAGGAGACUGAGAGCAGCAGUGAGGAGGAGCAGCGCCGCGGGUUUUUGGGCCGCAGGCGGCGCAAGAGCGACGGCAAGCGGCGGAAAGCCAAAACUACCGGUUUCGAUCACAUCGUGCUGCCCAAGACGCAGUACAAUGGAUACAACCAUCGUGAGGACACGGGUAUUCUGUCGGAUCCGUCCGGGGGGUUUUCCAACUACACAGGGCGGGUGAGCGGCCCUGCAAAGCCCGAGACUCUGUAUGUGAACCUAAGCCAGGUGCACGCGAGCUCCUUGGGGUCAGGCGACAGUAUCUUCCAAAAGAAACGGGGGAAGGAGCUGGUGAAGGCGCGAGCAGCUGCGCGCCGCACCACCCUGGGCAAUGAAAGUUCUUCGGAGGAAGACUCCUCGCUCAGAUCCAGCUCGUCCCUGCGAAUGCGCAGCGACGAGAGUCUAGCCAGAGAAGGCGGGUUGAGCAAGAGAUCGAGGGCGGCACGAACCGAGCGAUACCUCAAAAGACACUCGCGGGAUGGCGAAAAUCCACACAACUACCUGCGACUGUCCAAGUCGGAUGACCAGCGGUCCCCCAGCCGCAGCCCGAAAAUAGGCCUCAGCACUGUGCCGCCCAGUCACGGUCUGCAUGGCAGGUACAAGGUGAGCAACUCCACCAGCAACCCCUCCUACAAGCCGCCCUUGUCCAUGAACGAGUACAACAAGGGGCUGGAGGCCAGGUCCGAAGAGCAGGUUCUCCAUGUGAAUUUCCCGAUAUUGCGGCCCAGCCCGCAAGGGCGGCAGCCGCCCCAGCCGCCUCCUAGGGAUCCCAGCCGGAUCACCAGAAGCCACUUGGAAGGCGGGCGGCCGACAACCGUGAACUUCGACUCCCAGUGCAGGGCGGGGCUUUUGGCCCCGCCCCGAUCCAGUUUGAAUGCUGAUUGUCGGUCCGCCUCGGAGCUGCACAUUCCGAGCGAUCGGUUCCAGAUCGGGCAAGUGGUCAGGCCGGCUUCGACCACGCCCGAGCCGCGUCGAGUGGAGGGGUUCAACUACCUGACCGACAAGCACCCGCGCAGCCGCAGGCCGAUUGUGAUCCAAACGGGAACAGUCGAGCGCAAGGACUCGCCCACUCAGAAGGCGCUGGACUUCUGGAAGCAGAUCGAGGAGAGCGUGAACAAGGCCUGCCCCAGCCCGCACGCGCAGAUCUUCACCAGUCAGACGCACGUGCAGUCGCAGGUGUUCCUCCCGAGGGCGACCAGCCCCUUCCAGCCGAUCGAGGCGUCGCCCAAGCGGAAAUCGGCCAAUCUGGAGGAGGCCUUGGACGAGCUGGAGGCCAUCUACAACAGCCUGCGGCUGGGCGACGAGAACCUGCUGGAGCGGGCGGAGCAGCGUGAGAACGAGACGCUGGCCGAGGCGCGCAAGAGCAAGACGGUCCACGCGUUGAGCGACUCGAGCUUCAGCUACGAGCCGUUCGACCAGGCGGGCGGCCCCAAGCGCAAGAAGGUGGCCAGACGAUCCAACUUGCCGGACACCAAAGGCGAUGACAUGUACCAUCGCAAGCUGGUCAAGGAGAAGGCGGCCACCAUCAGCGACCCGCAGUCGGCGCUGCUCAGCUACCUGCUCAACUCGCCCCUCAACCAGCAGAGCGACGCAAAGCGGCCGCCGGUCAACCGGGAUCAACCGGACGUGACCUACGACGACUUGCUCUACCGGAACGUGCAGCGCGCCAACGCCAGUCCUCGCACUGUCGACCCCCAGCCGCCCUUCGGCAUCCCCCUGGGGCCGGUAGCGGCCGCUCCUCUCAGCGACUACCUCCACGCCACGCCUGCGGAAGUGCUCCAGACCCCGAAGAAAAUCCCGGACAUCGUCAAGGACGACCUGGCGUUUAGGAACUUGCGCAAGGAGCAAAAGCUCGACCUCAACUACCUGAAGAAGCGCCGCGCCGUUCGAUCGCUCUCGGCCAACAUCGGCAGCAUCCUCGCCGAGGACGUGGAGAGCCGCCUCAAGAGCAAAACGCUCACGGACAUAGCGGAUGCCAUGGAGAUCGCCAGGCGCGUGCUGCAGGAGAAGGGCAAGAACAUCCACAACACGCGCAAGGCCUUUAUGAGCGACACUGAGCUGAAGCCGGCUCCUAGCGCCGACUCGCUGCAGGAGAGUCGCAUGCGGUUCCUCAGCGAGCUGCGGAACCCGCCAAGUCCCACUGUGCUCUGCCGGCCGCCUAAAGGCCCCACUCCCGAGCGCAAGCCGACGGAGGAGCCGCACUCGACCAACUCCUCGCUGGACGACCUGCUGAACGCCUUGGCCGAGGAGGCCAAAGUCACCACGGAGCGCAUCACCAAAGAGCUGCAGGAGUUGGAGGCGCGGCGCAACAAUAAGCUAGUGAACAGCAGCGAGCUGAUCGAGUACAGCAAAGCUCCUAGCGAGGAGGCGCUGGAGUUGCAGCUGCAGCCGCUUGCGGCCGAGUCGGCCAACAUCGUGCAGUCCUGCUUCAAGGACAGCUCGGAGGAGCGCAAGUCGCACGACUACGAGCCGAUCGACUCCGAGCAGGAGGAGGUGGGGCCGAAAAAGUGCCAGUCGCCGUUCCAAGAGCGCAAAGCGGAGCUGGUCGCCACCUUCCAAGAGCUGAAAGAUGACAUUGACGGCCUGAAGAUCCCCUCUUUUGACCCGAACCGAACCGACUCGAUCUACGACAACGUGGCCGAAGGUAGGUCCCAGCGACGUUCACGCUUCAAUAGUAAAUUGCCCAGAUGGUUGCGCCCUUUCUCCUGCCCUGAUGCAACGACCAUGGCAGACAAUUUCAAGGAAAAUCGCAAUAGUCGAAUCGCCCGGUACAAAGAGGAGCGCCGCAAGCAGCUAGCGGCCGAUUUCGGCAACUUGGAGUCGCCACGCAUUCAUGGCGCAGGCUCCUCGAGUAGCUCGGAGGGGCCGCGCCCCACCCGCGCCUCACGAUUGAGGGCUCAAGCCUCUCAAUCGUCCAUUACUCCUCUUGGCGGCUUCUCCCCUUCCCCAAAUCUGGAGCCUGGAGUGGGGCGUUUGAAUUCGACCAUGUUGUCGCACCACGAAGAGUCGCCCAAAAGGGGAGGGGAACGCGACAAGAGCAGCAAGCGCAAGUCGAACCUCAAUCGGUCCCUUACCUCUGAAGUGGUGCCGCCCCCAACUUGUUCCUAUGAUGACGCCAAAACUGCCAGAAGGCGCCGCCGGUUCUUCCCGCAAGAGGUGCUCAGUCAGGCGCCCAAAUCUUCGACCAAUCACCAAUCUGCCUCAUCAGCCAUGCCUUCGCCUGUACUCUCCACUGCCUCAAUUUCGCCCUCCAGCCCUCUCUAUACGUCGAACAGCGCCCCCUUAACUCUGGUCCCACGGCGCUCCGAGCUGUCUGUUCACAUGGCAAACGCCAGGAAAAGCGUCACCGCCUCGGACCCUCACAAAUACAAGCCAUUUGCGGCCCGCAGGGCCCAAACAUCCAGUCCUAAGGACCGGAACAGUUCAAAUGCCGCCAAGGGCCGCAUCGCAACCUCCACGGAGGCCAAAUCGUCGGACAAGGAGAAGAGUGUCGGUGCGUCGAUGAGCGGAGCGCGGACGUCGAUGUCCGACAAUGAAACCAGCAGAAAUAUUGCCAAAAGAAUGGAAGAACUCACGGCCUUUACCAGGGAAACGUUGGCCCGCGUAGAGCGCCUGGCCAAUCGGACGCAAGAGCUUCCAAAGAGUCUUGCCAAACUGGAAGCGAGACCCUCGAACGUUCAUAGAACUUCAGCAGGACCAUCAUCGAUCUUGAAACGAAACCGGAGAGAAGAGAAAGAGACUGCAGUGGUUGUUAAGAAUGAGCCUCCUGCUGCCAGUCAUGCAGCGCCCGUUUCCAUCCUGAAGCGAACAGUGGCUCGCGAUGAAAAGACUGACCCUCACUCCACACAUACGCCGCCAGUCACAUUUUCGCCCAGCGUCGUUGAUCCGGCCACCUCCAAACGCAAGCAGGGCAUCUUGAAGAAGCGACGCAGUCUGGACGAGUCCACAGUGAUGCGGCAUCGGAGCUGCAGUCCGGAUGUUGCCAACAAAGCUUCAGACUUCAGAUCGAUCCUCAAGAGUCAAAGAAGGUCCUCGUUGGAAGAGCUGCGCUGCCUCCAGUCGCCCGAGCCGCACAUUCAGGGCAUCCUCAAGCGCAAGCCCUCCCGCAAUGAGGAGGACGAUGUCUCACUGAGCUCUCCGCACAGCAUCCUGAAGCGCCGCUCCGGAGCCAGCAGUGCAGGCAGCACUGGCAGCACUCCACAUGUCUCCAUCACAACUGCAGUGAUCCUGGCGGCUGCAGGCGGGGCCGAAAUGAUUCUGGAACCCGACGUUCAAGACCCAGUGAGGCCCAUUUUGAAGAAGAAAAGCUCCGAAGAGUGUUCGUUUAGUGAGAGCACGUGGUCAGACACGCCAAAGCCCAUUUUGAAGAAAAAGUCCAGCACGGACACCGACGAUGGCGACGACAGCAAACCGAUCAGGCCCAUCCUGAAACUCCCCAGAGGAAGCAGAGAGGCGCUGGACACUGGUCAAGAGGGCUGGCACUCGAGGUUCUCAUCCGGAGAAGCUGCGGAAGAUUGUCCAAGGCCACGGCUGUCUUUCUGCGGCGACAGAUCAGAAGAACCAGACAGUCGCAGGCGCAGCUCCAGACGCCCCAACACGAUCUGCUCGGAUUUUAAUGUGCAAUCGAACGCAAUCACUCGCGAUAAGGAGGACGAUCGGGACUUGAGGAAGGCGCGAACCUUGUCCGUGCUGGAACUGGUCAAGACGUUUGAGAAGCAAGUGGGUGGGGCGGUAAGCACGGGCGCCGUGCCGAAACGGCCGUGCCCGAAGAGAAGCAGCGACCGCUACCGAACGCAGCCUGUCACCUCCAACGAGUUGGAGGAAAGCCGCAACUUGCUGCGCCAAGAGGAAGACUCAUCCAGCAGACCCUCGCAACUCGUCGCCUACCAGUUGUCCAGUUCGUCCCGCUCCCUGGACACUGGAACGCAAAGUUUCGCCUCACUGCAAGAUGAGAGUCGCCUGAGUUGCUUCCUAACUUCGCCGUUCCACUCCACAUCCCUAAAGCCGGCUUCCCCCGAAAGCCCCACGUGCCAUAAAACCUCCUCGGACUCAGCGUUUCAGUCGCUGGGCGACGGAUUGGAGCUUGAAGAGCCCAACGAAGAAGCCGAAGAGUUGACGCUUCGCAGCGAAAUGGCCAAUCACAUGAAGAGUCUGGCUGAUGAGGUCCUGAAGAAACGUCUGGAGAGAGAUUUAGCAGCCGGUGAACGUCGCGGCAUUCUAAAGCCUCUGAGCCCAGAAGGGGCGGCAGCGCCCAGGCGCAGUCAGUCGUUUGCCCUUAAAGGCGCCAAGUCGCCCCAGCCCCUGCGCCACGAGUCCGCCUUCCACCAGGUGAAGCCGUCAAGGGCUGAUGUGGCCACCGAUAAGGACGACGAGGGAAUUUCCUGCAACGGCUCCGGAUCGGACUCAGAAGGCUCUGAGGCAAAGCCAAAGCCUGCCAAGAUUAGCGUCAACGUGAGCACGGCAGGAGACGACACGACAUCGGAGGGCGAGAGCUCGGGGGGGCGCGAAGUGAAGCGCAUCUUCCGCAACGAAAACAAACUCAAUCUGAACUUCAAACAACAACUAGAAGGCUGCCUGGCGAAGAGCAAAAGUUCCUCAAUUUUGCGGCCCAAAGCAUGUGACUAUUCAGGCAACUCCAACAGCUUGGAGCAGUCGGCCGGCUUGGAGGAUCCCGAUACCACGCCCCGCAAGGCCUCGUCCACUCUUCGCAGGUCGCACACUCACACUGCUGGGGCCAUGCCCCGCUCCAUUGCCGCCUUGCGGGCGGAACUGCAGGAGAAUGGAGAGAAAGGGUGGAUGAAGCGGGUGCCGGUCAACAAUAACAGCGGCGACGAGCUCAAGUCGCUCAAGGAACGCAACCGGUACAAUGAUGAAUUGUCCGAAAAGUCGCUGUUGGCCGCUAAGAAAGACGAACUGGAUGCGGCGGCCAAGCAAUGGAAAAACCGUGUGGAGAAAACCGAUGCGGAAAAGUUUUCGGUUGCGGGAAAGAUGAGCGAAAAGAUCAAGGAUGCGGUGCCCUCCAUCAACAUCCCAGCCGCCGACAAGGCAAAGCGAACGCCACAUGCGAAGCGAUACAAGGGUAGAGAAGACUCAUCGUCAACGCCCGCUUCGCCAGAGAAAAACACCCACUUCGACUUGACCAGAAGCCAAUCGGCCCUUGCGCCGAUCGCGCUCUACAAAACACCCGAAAAAUCGACACCAAUCAAAAGUCGCGUGGUUCCCAUUUUGAGGCCGGACGACAACACUUUUACAGCGUUCUUCGAGAGUGUGGAAAAGUCGACAACCACAACGGAACGUUUGGAUAUCAAUGCGGAAGAUUUGGAUGCGGUCGAACGCGAGUCGCUGUUGAGCUUCAAGAAAAAUGUCCAGGUGCGAAGGCGGCGCGGCCAGUCCCGCAACCCGAUUAAGGCUUUGGCAGUGCGAACCGACAUUGCGAGCGAAUACACUGAGACCAUCACCGGAGUGGCGGAGAGAGAAAAGAAAAGACUGAACAUUGAGAAGCUGGCCGAGAAUUCGAACAAAGCGGUCGAAGCGCUAGCGGGCCUGGCCAGCAACGAGGACUUCAAGGCUGUAGCCUUGAAAAAGGGCGCAGCCACCACCCUACUGCAACCUUGGAAGCAAAUCAUGCUGUUGCAGAUCAAGGGCAGGCGCCAGGUUCAAACGCGCCUGGUCGAGCCGGUCGUUUCCAGCAUCAAUGAGGGCGACUGCUAUCUGCUGAUCACGCCGACCGCCCUUUACAACUACGCGGGCAUCUUCUCGAAUGUGAUCGAGCAGAGUAGGGCGGCGGACGUGGCCAAUCACAUCCAAAAGACCGGCGAUAUGGGCUGCAGAGUCAGCAAAGUGAUCGCUGUGGGCAGCAAAGACGUGGCCAGGCGGCAGCUAAAAGAGUUCUGGAAGCUGCUGGGGGCGGCGGAUGUGCCGGAAACUGUAAACGCCGGGCACCCGAAUGAGGAUGAAUCCUUCGAAUCCAACAUCCUGCAAACCAACAUGGUCUAUGUGGUCGAAGACAAUGAGCUGGCGCCUUUCAGCCCCUAUUGGGGCUCGAUUCCCAAAAUAGAAAUGCUCAGCGAAACCAACGUGAUUGUCUUCGACUUCGGGUCGGAAAUGUACGUGUGGAGCGGCAAAAAUGCGCCUCUGGACCGCAAGCAAAUCGCCCUUAAACUGGCAAAGGAAAUGUGGGCCGAAGGCUACAACUACAGUGACUGCACUGUCAAUCCCCUGAACGUGGUGGAAGCGCUGGGAGAACGCCAAGCCAAAGAACUGCCACUCAAGGCGGAAAGCCGCCCUUCUUGGGCCUUGUUUGCCAAAAUCACCCAGCACCGGGAAACUGUGCUGUUUCGGGAGAAAUUCCUGGAUUGGCCCGACUAUUCCCGAGUUAUUCGGAUGAGGAAUAGCGAUCCAGGGCUGAAGCGCGGGAACGGGUCCAUCGUCAUCAAGCCCUGUAACGUGGACGAAAUGGUGAAGGCCAAGGGCGACGAUCCAGAUUUAGUGAUCCAGAAUACCCAUCUGGGUCGGGGCGAGCGGCACUUUGACGAGGAAACGCGCCGCCUCUUCGAGUACGACACGCAAGAGAUCAAGGCCUGGCGGAUCAUGGAGAACACUCAUGAGGAACUGGGAGAAACGUCCAUCGGUCAACUCUACGACGGCGACUGUUACAUCUACUCAUGGCGCUUCCGACAAACCGUCAAGGGCCGGGAACUGAACGGUAACCCGUCCAAACACGCCCUAGUUGGUCGCGACAUGUGCGUCUUCUUCUGCUGGCACGGCAGCAAAUCGUCCAUCAAUGAAAAGUGCACGGCCGCCUUUCUCACCGUCGAGCUGGACAAGCAAAACGCGCCGCAAGUGCGCGUUGUUCAGGGUUCCGAGCCGGCCGCCUUUCUGCGGCUGUUCGGGGGCGGCAUGGUGAUCCACCACGGCAAAAGGGGCGGCGAACCCGUAAGAGAGCGGCCCCGACUGUUCAUAGCUAGAGGCGAGCUGGAAGGCGAGGCCUACCUGAUGGAGGUGCCGCUCGAAAUGGCCAGUUUGCGCAGCCGAUCUAGCUUCGUGCUGGUCCAGGCUGGCGCCAAGCACGGCCUGAUGGUGUGGCACGGAUGCAAAGCGAGCGAGCAAAAGAGAAGGGUGACUGUGAAGAUCGCUGAAGGAUUGCUGAAGGCGAUACCUCUGGAGAUCUUUGCUGAAGAUCUGGCGCUUGAUGCGUGCCUGACCGAGAUGGUGGAGGGUGAAGAAAGCGCCGAGUUUGCUGGGUUUUUGGGCGCCGAUCGCACGGCCUACCACUCUCUCCUGCAGCGGGAGGAGGAGUUCGACUUCACUCCGAGGCUGUUCAAGAUGUCGAGCAUCACGGGCGACUUCACAGCCAGCGAGAUUUUGUGCCCGCAUCGCAGCCAGCAUUCCAGCCCGUAUCCUUUCGUCCAGUACGAGCUGUACAGUGCCAGCCAACCAGGGUUGUUGCUGUUCGACAACCAUCACGAGCUGUGGCUGUGGCAGGGCUGGUGGCCCGAGAACGACGAAGACAGCGAACUUAACACUGAUCAAACUGGAUCAGGCGCCAUCAGAUGGCAGGCUGAGCGAAGAGCGGCAAUGCAAACCGCAAUUAAUUACUGGCGAAAAAUCCACGGCGACGACAGCGAAGUGGUCGCGCACGCGGUGUGGGCGGGCUUGGAACCAUUGGAGUUCACCCAACUGUUUCCCACGUGGAAAGUGCGGCCCGAUGUCAAAGAGCUGAGCUUACAGGAUGGAAAGAAGGAGAACGACAAACUGUCAAUCCAGCGGGAAUUGGCUCUUUUGUCGCGCACCACUUAUCCGCUGGCCGAAAUCCUCCAGAGACCGCUACCGAAAGGCGUGGAUCCCACUCAACUGGAAGUCUAUUUGUGCGAUUCGGAUUUCCAAGAGCUGUUGGAAAUGUCCAAGGAGGAGUUCGAAAAGUUGCCCUCAUGGAAGAAAACGUCCCUCAAAAAGGAGAAGGGUCUGUUUUGACCGCUGAGCACUUUGUUCCAUAUUCUUGGCCAAUGUUUCGGACUCCCUUCCUAUUGAUUUGUUCGUUUGUUUUUUGAUUAAAACGAAAAUUACUCAUUGUUAUUGAGUGGGCGCUGAGCUCAUCACAUUAAUUAAUCGAAACUGCCAUUUUUUGAAGCUGUUCAUCCACGCCCUCGGAGAGGGCGUGGUUUUUUAAAACCUGUACUUACAUUUUAUACAAUGACGACGCUUGUAGUGUCAUUGCUAAGUAAUCUGUUUAGGUUAAUGUCUGUCUCCUUCUUCUUGCCCUCUCCCACCCUCUGUUAGCCGGCUUCGGUGUGUGAAGCCCCAAUUCGAAAGUGUUGUGAUAAUUUAGUUCUAUUUUUGUUGUAUAAAUAGUUUAAACUGUGAUUGCCUACAAUCGAUUUGCGUUGGCGGGAACAAGUCAAACAACUGUACAUACAGCAACCAGGUGCCUUGAUUUAUAUAUUUGCUGUUUCUAGUCCCAUGUUAUGGCAAGGCACUCUCCCCUCCCAUACAGAGCCCUUCACGCAUAUGGCCUUAACUACUCAAGUCCCCGUAGCCUAUUUGUGUCUUUGUAACGUUGUAACAUAGUCUCUUGUAUAUCGCUUUUCUACUACUAAACCCCCGUUUAAAAUCUUACAAAAAUGCACCGAUUUUUUGUAAUAUUUUUACGCCACUUUUGUUGUCGUGUACUCAGUUUUUUCUACGUUAUCAAUUUACAUUAAUAAAUAUUUUCAAUAAA